AUGACAACCAUUCGUUUAAAACUUCCAGCAAAUUUAUACCGCCCAUGGAAACCCCUUUAUCAUCAACGUUCGAAAAAGCAAAAAGAUCCACCUGCACCAUAUACACCAUUAGAACAACAAAUAUAUGAUCAUGCGAAAAUAAAAUUUGAUCAACGAGUUCAUAUUCUUCGAUCAAUAUUUGCUCAAGAACGUCAAUCAUUAUCAACUAAAUCUCGUUUUGCUCAACUUCAACUUAAAGCUGAAGAACAAGAAUUUAAACAAUUAAUAACUAUGGUCAAACAAGAAAAUGAACGCUUACUGACAAUGCGGCGUAGCGAUGAACGUUUAGAACUAGAAGAAGAAGAACGUAUUCGUUCUCGAGUUCUAAAUAUGUUAUCUGAAAAACAAUUUCGUGAACAUCUUAAUAUUGAAGAUGAAGUAAAACAAAUCAAAAAAGAAUCUCGUGCAUGGGUUAAUCCAAACGAUUUAUCACGUGAAAUCGAACGAAUGCUUAAUGAAAAACAUGAUUAUAGUUUUUCAAUUGAUUUAACUGGAAUGAAGCGAACACAAACAGGAAAAGAAAUUAGUGACGAAAAUCAAUCAAAUUUAGUUACUAUAUCACCAUUUGAACUAGAACCAAAGAAUGUUUCAAGAAAACCUCCUGGUGCUUCUAAAUACGAAGAAUAA